UGUUUUCUUCCCUAAAGAAUCAAGUUCUAAGAAUGAAGAAGAUUUUUCUUGGCUGUGUCCUUCUUUUAACUACCCUCAAUUUGUCUAUUUGUGGUGAACAAAUUGAAGCUGAAGAAAUUUAUACGUGGAAAAGUGUGGAGUUUGAAGAUUUACCCACUAUAGAAAAAUCACUUUUGGGCGACUACCCGUACUACAUUCCAGAAAAUAACAAUAUAGUCGAUAUUGGAUAUCAUGUAGCAAGUGGAGUGAUGUUGGUUGUAAUUGUACGUGCAAGACCAGGUGUUCCUGUUGCAUUGGGUGCCUUUUGUGCUAAGGAAUACGAAUCAGGAUCAAGCCCCAAAAUUUGGGGUUUUCCCAACUACGAAGUGAACACACUACCGGAUAAGAGUUUCAGUGCAGCACCUCUGGAGGAUGAUAAGAAAGGCGAAUUACUCACAUUUGGUGAACAAGGCCUCCCUUAUGGUCACAAUUUACCAAUUUAUUACGAACCUAGUCCAGCCAUUGGGUCACAAGAAUUGGAUAAAUUAGUUACUCUCUACUACGUAACGAUAGAUGAUAAAUGUAAUCGCGUAUUUUUCGUUGAUAUUGGCGUAGUUAAUUACUACCGAAAUACCACGUAUUACGUUCAGAAUCCAGCUUUAGUUGCAAUUGACCUCCCAACGAAUGGAUGCGACAGCAGAGACUUCCCUACCAAUAGACGAGCUGAAUUUCCACCGAAUAUUGCUGCAAGGGGAAAUGAUGGAUACGGGAGCGUAGUGCUGGAUUAUCAAGCAAGUGGAGAAUGUGAUGAUCUCUUCUUGUACAUCCCUAAUGCUUUCUAUGACUUCCUCCUUGUCUACGACUACAAAAAUGAUAAAUUUUGGAAUGUUAACCAUGAAACUUUUCAUCCCGUUUUACCUGAAUCCUUUUUCAUUUUUGAUAAAACUUUUCCCUUUCAAGCACCUUUCGGCAUUUACCCCAUAACUCUUGGCCAGUCAGAUGAAAAUGGUGAUCGUAAAUUUUAUUACGCUCCCAUGGCGAGUCUAAAUCUAUUUUCUGUCCCCACAAAUAUUCUAAAAGACAGUACCAAGUCCCCAGAUAAGUACGGUGAGGAUGAUUUUAAGUUGGUUGGACAGAAGGAAUCACAUCAUCAAUCUACCUCUGUGGUAAUUGAUCAUAACACCGGCGUAAUGUUCUUCGGGGGAACUGAAUCUAAUCAAAUUCUCUGCUGGAAUACCAAAAAACCCUUCAAACCUGAAAAUAUUGAAGUGAUUUAUGAAUCAGAAAAUCUCCUAGUUGCAUAUGAUGUGAAAAUUGAUGCAGAAAAUAAUUUGUGGUUCAUCUCAAAUCACAUUCCUGUAAUAUUCUUCUCAGACAACGCGCUGGAUCUCAAUGAGAUUAACACGAGAGUCUUUCGUGUGAAAGUUGCAGAUGCAAUUAAGGGGACAGUUUGUGAAUAAUAAAUAUAAUUGUGAGGAAAAAAACAUUCCAGCGAGGCAACGUUGUGAUGUGACUAAUAAAUUUUUUUAAAGAUUAAAAAA